UGCUGAAAUUUCCUUUUCUUUCUGCACAGUUUGUGCUUCGAUUGUGUUGGAAUAUCUUUUCCAAAUAAUUUAAAUAAAGUAAAAACAUGGGUUUCCAAAAUAUCUGGUAUUCUCAUCCUCGUAAAUACGGACAGGGAUCUAGAUCAUGUCGAGCUUGCUCUAACAGACAUGGACUAAUUCGUAAAUAUGGAUUAAAUCUUUGCCGUCAAUGUUUCAGAGAAUAUGCUGCAGAUAUUGGUUUCAAAAAGCUUGACUAAAUAUUGAACUGAAAGAUUUUUUUUAUGUUAAUGUAAUAUAUCUAAAAUAAAAUGUUUCCAU